UAUAUGGUAAGGUAGAGGUGGAUUACACUACCGACGCUAUCUUUUAGGAGAGAGGAGAGAGGAGAGAGGAGAGAGGGAGAGAAAAGGGAAAAAAGGAAGGAGGUUGUGGAGUUAAUAAAAGAAAGAGGUAAAUCCUUUAUGUGGGAGUAACAGAAGAAGUGUGUGGAGGGAGAACAACAACACAGAGAAAUGAGAAUGGUGGAGUCUGUGUUGUUGGGGAGACAGACAUGAUCUAUCUAUGUUCACAAAGAGUAUUGCUUUCCCUUAUGUUGGAGAAGCAACAACAACCACCACCACUACGCUAGAGUAAUCCUUUGAUAAUUUCUUGGAGAUGGGGUCUCUGGCUCUUGAAACCGAGGAUGUUAGCUCAGAUAUAUACCUUUCACUGGGGCUUAAACAAUUGGGUAAAAGAGGAGGAGUUCCACGGGUUUUAUCACUUCUCUCUUCACUUCUUGAGAGAUCAGUUCAGAGAAAUGAAACGCUAUUGGAAGCAAAGCAUAUGAAAGAUGUAGUUACAGUAUUUCAUGGUUUAAGAGCACCUACUCUCUGUGUUCGUAACUACAUUGAUCGUAUCUUUAAGUACUCAGGUUGCAGCCCAUCCUGCUUUGUUGUGGCGCACAUAUAUGUAGAUCGAUUUCUUGAGCAAACGGAGAUCAAAUUGACUUCACUUAAUGUGCACCGGCUUCUGAUAACAAGCAUUAUGCUGGCUGCAAAGUUUAUGGAUGAUGCAUUCUUCAAUAAUGCUUACUAUGCAAAAGUUGGAGGAGUAAGCACAUCUGAACUGAAUAGGUUGGAGAUGAGCUUCCUAUUUGGCAUAGAUUUUAGACUUCAGGUUAGUGUAGACACGUUUGGAAGAUAUUGUUGGCAAUUGGAGAUGGAAGCUGAAGAAGCACUCCAAAUUGAAAGGCCAAUGCAGGCUUGUCGAAUUAAAGAAAGCUGGUCAAAUAAAGAUGAUCCUACAUGUGCUUCCACAAUUGCAAGAUGAAAAUGUGGAAGCACCAGAAUGUAUCAUUUGUGUUCCACAAUUAACCGGGACAAAAUGAAAUUUAAAGUAUUCCAAGAAAAAAAUAAAAAAAAAUUGCUAUAUACCCGCAAUGAUUCAACCAUUUUUUUAGGAUACUGUUGUGGUUGGUUAUGCUUCCUUUCCUCUCUAGUUUUUUCUGUUUUUUGUUUUUCCCUGGUUUGUAAUUGCAAGCUUGUAGCCAGAUAGAGAUUGUGUUGAAAUUUUAUUCCUUAAAA